AUGAUUUGUUUAAGAAAGCAUAUAUUGAAAAGCAAAGCAUAUUAUUUAGAAGUGCAUGAUGAUUAAAUGAUAUUGAGUGAAGUAAUGAAAUAUAAAUAACUAUCAAGCAUAAAAACAUGUCAAAUGCUAAGUAUGUAAUAAAAUAUACAUGGGAAACAAGGAUCAUGUGGAAGGCAUCUGAUAGUUAAGAAUUGUGUUCAUUUGGAAUAUAUUAUAAUAAUCGAAUUAAAUGGUUUGAUUCUGAUCACAAUUCAUUAAAUUUACUUAAAAUACACUUAUCAGGAAAAGUAUUUUUUGGGAACAUUUCAAUAUUUUAUGAUUCGAAUUAACUUUUAGGUUAAGGAGCAUCAUCUAAAGUAUGUCUAGUUAAAUGCAAAAAGAGCAUAUCACAAUAUGCAGCAAAAUGUAUUUCUAAGAAAUAUUUGUUAUAAAAAAAAUCAAACGAUAGAAUUGUAUAAAAUCAUAUUUAAUUUUAAGAAUAGACUAUAAUAGGAGAUAUAAAUCCUUUAGAAAAUAGAUCAUUCAAAUUUUGUGAAGCUACACGAGAUUUAUUAAGGAGAGAACUCAUAUUACAUAGUGACAGAUUAUCUGGAAGGAAACACUCUCUAUAAUUAUAUCAAGACAUAUCCGGAUGAUCAAUUAUCUUCCUAUCAAGUAAGAGAAGCCAUCAAAGUUAUAAUUUAUUUAUAAUACUAUCUAGAUAAUCUUAACAGCUUUGAAUUAUUUGGCCUCAAUGAACAUUAUACACAGAGACAUCAAACUAGAAAAUAUAUUGUUACAAAAGCAGAAUGAUAUUACAUCAUUGAAAGUUAUUGAUUUUGGAUUAGCUCUAUAUAAAUACCCUCCCUAAAAAUUGAGUGUUUGUGGAACACCUGGUUAUAUAGCACCAGAAAUCCUAAAACCUACUGAUAAAGAAGAGUAUUUCACUGAAAAAUGUGAUAUCUUCAGUGCAGGUGUUAUCUUCUUCAAAUUGUAAUCAAUUUCAUAUAAUGUAUAGAUUAACAAAGAAAACCUUAUUCAGAGCAGAAAAUACAUUAGAAAUUAUGGAAAAAAAUAAGUUAUGUUAGAUUAAUUUUCAAGAAUUUGAAUUCAAAUUAUAGAAGGAAGCAUUGAACUUAUUGAAAGGCAUGUUAGAUCCAAAUCCAAAUACUAGAUAUUCUGCUUAAUAAUGUUUAGAUCAUCCUUAUUUCAGUUGCAAAUUAGAAAAUAUCAGCAUUUUGUAAGAAAUCUUAGAUAAGGCCACAGGAUUCUCAGGAAUUACACAAAUCAGUAUAACGUGCUUAUUAAUUAUUAGUUGAUUACAAAAAUACAAAUUCUAUUGGAUAAGAAUGUCAAGCAGCUUAAGUUAAAAAAUGCAAUCCAACUUCAUAUAGGAUUAGGAUGGAAUUACGUAAGAGAACUAAAAGUCCUAGAAAGUAUGCUGAUUUCUAAUUCUACUAUCCUUCUUUUUGUUAAAUGAAUUCAUGUGAAAGUCUUAGUAGUAAGGGAUCAUCUCAUAAUGUGUCCCAAUUCGAAAAUUUUAUAAAUGAUAAACUUGAUUCUGUCAUUGAGGAAGAUGAGAAACAAUAAAUACAUAAAUAAUGA